AUGGAUGACAAGCCUGUCGUCAUGAGUGGAGCUGGCGAUGAUGGCCAGGCCCCUGUAGCUGCUCAAGAUGUGCCUGCGUCACAGUCGCGCCAGGGAUCACCUGUAAAGAAGAGCGAGAAUUCCGGUGUUUCAGAUAACCCCAUGGACGCUCCCGCAUCCCCGAGACCUCAGGUGGAAAAUGCAGAGCCCGAGGAUGAGGAAAUGGGCGGCACGGAGACCGAUGGGAAGAAGGAGAAUGGUGCCGCAGAAGAGCAUGCGGAGGGCUCACAGCAAGCAGCGGAUGGUGCUGCUGAUGAGCAGUCGGCGCAGGCGAAGUCGUCACUCGAGGCUUCCGCGCGCUCUCAUCUCGUUAAUCAGACCCAUGCCAUCAUUCUCCCCAGUUAUUCGACAUGGUUUGAUAUGCAUUCCAUUCACCCCAUCGAGAAGAAGGCGAUGGCAGAGUUUUUCAACGGUCGCAACCGAAGCAAGACCCCCGCAGUCUACAAAGAUUACCGAGAUUUCAUGAUCAAUACUUACCGCCUUAAUCCGCUUGAGUAUCUAACGGUGACUGCUUGCCGGCGCAAUCUCGCUGGAGAUGUGUGCGCUAUUAUGCGAGUCCACUCCUUCCUUGAGCAGUGGGGUUUGAUCAACUAUCAAGUUGACCCUGCAACACGCCCAUCGAGCAUCGGGCCUCCUUUUACUGGUCAUUUCCGCGUCAUCGCCGAUACCCCUCGCGGACUGCACCCAUUCCAACCUGGACCUAAUACUGUCGUAACCCAGGGAAAGCCGUUAGCAGCGACCGAACGGGCAGCUUCUGCAACUCCUGCCAAUAAACAGGACCUGAAUCUCGAGAUCCGUCGUAAUAUCUACGACGACAAAGGAAAAGAGGUCACACCGGCUGAAGACAAAGAAAAACAGACGAAUGGAGAAACGGCUGCUACGAACGGAGAAGCUGCGACGAAAGCGAUGGAAAGUGCGAUUAAAGAGCCGCGGAAGACCUUCAACUGCUUUUCAUGCGGCAUUGAUUGCACUCGUCUACGCUUCCAUUAUGCAAAAUCCGCUCCUGUCUCGUCUAACCCUAAUGCUCCAGACACGAAAUACGACUUGUGCCCCAACUGUUUCCUGCAAGGCAGGAUGCCGUCCAGCCACAACGCGUCAGACUUUAUUAAGCUGGAGGAGAAGCAGCACACGAACAUUCCUGACAAGGACGCACCAUGGUCGGAUUCGGAGCUUGUGCUGCUCCUUGAAGGGUUGGAGAACUUCGAUGACGACUGGGAGCAGAUUGCCAAACAUGUUGGAACCAGGACAAAGGAAGAAUGUGUUAUGAAAUUCCUCCAGUUGGAGAUUGAAGACAAAUACCUCGAAGAUCUCCCACGCACUAGCGAUGGGCGGGCACCUGGAGGACGAGAGCCAGUCAAUCAGCUGGAGAACCCGGUCCUGUCGGUAGUUGCCUUCCUGGCGCAGAUGGCCGAGCCGGCGGUGGCAGCGGCGGCAGCAGGACGUUCCGUUGAAGAGAUUCGACAGGAACUUCGGCGUCAAAUUGGCAGGGACGGAGAUAAAUCCCAGGACAAAGGGAAAGGAAAGGAAGGAGAAGCGACGAAAGCCGAGGAUUCGAUGGAUAUCGAUAGUACCCGUGAGGGAGACUCUGCAGCUGCGGCAACGGGUGGGACGUCCAAGAAGCGCGAGUCGCUCGCGACGGUUGCUCUCGGCACCGCCGCAGCUCGUGCCGGUGCGCUUGCCUCGCACGAAGAGCGCGAGAUGACCCGCUUGGUCUCCGCUGCCGUUAACGUCACUCUUCAGAAGUUUGAAAUCAAACUGGCUCAGUUUAAUGAGAUGGAAGAGAUCAUCGAGGCAGAGCGGCGAGAGCUGGAGCAGGCUCGUCGGCAGCUCUUCCUCGACCGAUUGGCGUUCAAGAAGAGGGUCAAGGAAGUGCAGGAUGCGUUGCAGGCGGCGAGUCUGAAAGGCCCCGGUGAGGAGAUGAACGGUUUACUCUCCGGUGCUGCCACCACAGGUCUUGAUAACCGCUUCCAGUUCCAGCCUCUGAAUGCUGACGCAAAUGGGGUCCAACCGUUGAGUGCAGAACCUGGUGCAGAUUACAGGAACCUUGAGCUGUAG